AUGAAUCCAUCCAGAGCCUCUCAGGGGGCUAUCCCCAAAACAGCACCCACUUCAGCGAAACCACCUCGUUCUGCAUCCCGAAUUGUUGCGGACCUGAUGCAAUCCAAAGCUAAUCCCCAAUACAAGGCGCGACGUAUGUGGCACGAACUAAAUAUGCCUGAAUCUACUAAAAAUAUUUUCGAUGGGAAACCGCUUACGAUUCCGGAUAAGUUGCUGAGGCAGUCUAAAGCGUUUCAACCGAUAAAACGGAAAUCGACAAAAGUGAAAAAGGUCCGAACGUACGCUGACAUGAGGAGGCAACGUGAAGAGUUCCGUGAAAAGCUAGUGGCGUUGAUAAUAGGCAACGAAGAAAAAGAAGCAACAGAUGAAUUCCCUAAUAUUGAGGAGCGUGAGCUUCUACGGUACUACUAUUACAUCAAGCAUGGAAUAGACACGAUCCAUGUUGCGCCGUUGAGUAAUAAAAUUUUAACGAGAAUAAUAAAUAUGAUACCAAAACGUCUACAAGGAUGGGAUCGAGUCAUGACAGAAAAUAUUCGCGAAAUGAAGUCUGAAUAUAUUUUUGCUGUGAAAAAAUCUAUUGUAGAUUUCGUCCUAGGCGAUUCCCUUGAAAGAAAAGUGAAGACUGAGGAGCUAACUCGGGAUCGAGUUGAAUUGCAAACUUACAAAAAUAAAUGGAGGCAUCGGUUUGAUUUAAAUCAAAAAUUUCUUCAAAGAAAUCUUUUCACUAUCAACCGCUCAUUAGCCUUGAUACUGGAUAUGUGGAACCAUACUUAUAAGGACUUAUUGUUCGUGGAUGUGAAAGUUUUAGCUGAGAAAUCAGAAGCAUAUGAUAUGACCGAAUUCACUAGUAUAGCCCAGAAACAUAUUGAAAAGGCAAAAACAACUUUAACGGACUCAUGGAGUGGAGGGAUCCAAACAAUUAUAACGAAACAUAUUAGCAAGGUUCCAACAUCAAGAAAGUCCUUAUCCAGAUUUUUCAAUUGUGUUGCUGCCUUGAUGACUCAACAACUGGAAGAGCUAACACUGCGAAGUUUAAAUGCUUACACCGAUUAUAUUUGUGAUGUUGGGAACACAAAUCCAGGAAUUAAACUAGCCGUUAUUCUCGAAGACCAAGACACACUAGUGUUCGUACCAAGUUUCGGAAAAGUCCAAUAUGAAAUCCUUAAAAUUGUCGACAGCAUGAUCCGAGCUAUAAAAUUUCUCCCUAGAAUUGAAUCCUUAAUUUACACUGAUCAACCAAAUUUAGGUGGUCAUUUUCUAAAGCCUGCUAUUCCUGAAUCUGAUGUGGAGAAUUGUCGUGCAAGGAUACAUGAAAUGUUAGAGGAACAGCGGAUCGGGCCUGAGCUACGCCUACAAGAUUUCGACAAUUACAUGAGCUUAAUGAACGGCGUUGAUGCAGAAGAAAUAGCUGAAUUUAUUAUGUCUAAUCCAACUUUUGAUGAGUACUGUGAAAAAGUAAAACAUUAUAAGGAAUUAGAGUGGGAGAUUCCGAUGGAAAUUUGGGGCGUAAUAAAAAUGGGGUUAUAUGAAUUUCACCGUGAAGGUCUAAUCAACAAUUUGAAGGAGCUUGCCCGAUUUAUGCAAAAUAGAUUGCUAUCGAAAAUGACCUUAGAUCAGCAGAAUGAUAUUUUAAAAUUGGGGAAAGAAUAUGAAAAUAUCGCGAAGAAGGCGCUUUCAGUACCACAGAAUACUGCCGAGUUAAUGGCUUCGAAAGCAUAUGUUACGAAAACUGAAGAUAAAACAGUGGUGGAGAUGGAGAAGCGUUUAAAAACUAAUCUUGACAACAUUCUAUGGCUGAUGGAUUAUACAAUUUACUCUCCUUUGGAAAUCAAAAUAAACAGCAACACAUUCCAGUGGUAUCGCAAAAUGCCUGGCGUUUUUGCUGAAAAUCGCAAGAUUUUAGCGGACAAAUCAAUUGAAUAUCAAGAGUCUCUGAAAAAACGCAUUGAACAAUUCCGCCGUGAUCUGGAAUCUUAUUGGGAUCAAGUCCAAGAAUAUGAUAACUGGGGCGAGAUUAAAAACUUGGCCAAAUACAAAAAGAAGGCCGCUGUUCUGGAUGCCCGCCUGAUCCAAGCCAUGGAGAAAAUUGACCAAAUAAAUGAAGAAGAAGCUGCAUAUGGCUGGGAGCUAUCACAAUACCCAAUAAGAAAGAAAGCUCAUGAUAAGCUUCUGCCUUACAAAAGGUUAUAUGAUGCAGGUCAAGAGUUUAUGGAAAAAUAUGAUCUCUGGAUGCAUUCACAAGUCGGGACCUUCUAUCCUGAUGAAAUCGAAAAUGACGUUGGAAAUAUAAAUCGCAUUGUAUUGAAAUUAGAGAAACAAUUUAGUGAUCGUCCCAAUACGCAGAAGCUAGCUUUAGACAUAAAUGAACAAAUUGAAGGCUUCAAAGUCCACAUGGAUAUUAUCAGUACUCUGGGUAAUCCAGGAAUGAAGGAGCGCCAUUGGGAACAAGUGUCUGAAAUAAUUGGCUUCCCCAUUCAAGUUUCACCGGAGCUUACUCUAGAGAAAAUUAUUGAGUACCAGUUGGAGGAGUAUAUUCCCAAGUUUGAAACGAUCUCAGAAAGUGCAACGAAAGAGAAUAAUUUGGAGAAGGCAAUGAUCAAGAUGGUUGCUGAAUGGGAAGAAAUGUCAUUUACUAUCAACCCGUAUAGAGAUACAGGGACAUAUAUUCUUUCCGCUAUCGAUGAUAUCCAGGUUCUUCUUGACGAUCAAAUUAUCAAAACGCAAACAAUGAAGAGCUCACCUUAUAUAAAACCGUUUGAAGCUGAUAUUCUGCAGUGGGAAGCAAAAUUAGUUUUACUUCAAGAUAUCCUUGACGAUUGGUUGCGCGUGCAAGCAACUUGGAUGUAUCUGGAGCCUAUUUUUUCAAGUCCCGAUAUUCAGCAGCAAAUGCCAGAGGAAGGAAGAAGGUUUAGUGCUGUAGACAAGAUUUGGAAAGAUAUAAUGAAGCAAGCGUUCGGCGAUUCAAAAGUUAUGUCUGUGGUGGAAAUCGAAAAAAUGUCGGAAAAGUUGAAAAAGGCCUUCAAUUUGUUGGAAGUAAUUCAAAAGGGAUUGAAUGCUUAUCUGGAGAAAAAACGAUUAUAUUUCCCAAGAUUCUUCUUCUUGUCCAAUGAUGAACUUUUGGAAAUUCUCUCAGAAACGAAAGAUCCAACUCGAGUACAACCUCAUUUGAAGAAGUGUUUCGAAGGCAUCGCUACCCUUAAUUUCACUGAGUCAUUGGAUGUGACAAUGAUGCGAUCAAGUGAACGAGAAGAAAUUGAAUUAGUCGAUGUUAUAUCUACAGCCAAAGCUCGAGGACAAGUUGAGAAGUGGCUACUUGAGCUAGAAAUUGAUAUGAAAAAAUCAGUUCACCAUAAAAUUGAGUGUGCGUUCGAUGAUUAUCCGAAAAGGCUGAGGCAUGAGUGGGUACUUGUAUGGCCUGGCCAGACAGUGCAAGCUAUAUCACUUGCUUAUUGGACGCUGGAAAUAACCAGAGGUUUUGCCAUGCCCAAUGCAAAAGAUGAACUUGCGAAAUAUUUAGAAACAUGCAAAAAUCAGAUUAACAAAAUUGUCGAUCUUGUUCGUGGGGAUCUUAAUGCUCAAAACCGAAUAACAUUGGGAGCCUUAGUAGUGUUAGAUGUGCACGCCCGAGAUGUUUUGGCUGAGCUAGUGGAAAAGAGUGUGACAGAAGAAACGGAUUUUCAAUGGUUAUGUCAACUGCGCUAUUAUUGGGAAGAACAAAAUCUUGCAACCAGGAUGAUCAAUUGUACUUUAAUGUAUGGUUACGAAUAUCUUGGAAAUACUUUCCGUCUUGUUGUAACGCCACUUACUGAUCGGUGCUAUCGGACUUUAUUCGGAGCUCUUCAUCUGCAUUUGGGUGGAGCACCGGAAGGGCCAGCAGGCACUGGUAAAACGGAGACCACAAAAGAUUUGGCGAAAGCUGUGGCGAAACAGUGUGUAGUAUUCAAUUGUUCUGAUGGUCUAGAUUAUAUUGCGUUGGGAAAGUUCUUUAAAGGAUUAGCAUCGUGCGGAGCUUGGUCAUGUUUUGAUGAAUUCAACCGAAUCGAUUUGGAAGUGUUGUCGGUUGUGGCACAACAGAUUUUAACUAUUCAACGGGGCAUAAACUCAGGCAAUCCCACAUUGGUGUUCGAAGGGACAACUCUAACUUUAGACCCAACUUGUGCUGUAUUCAUUACGAUGAAUCCAGGAUAUGCAGGACGUUCUGAAUUACCAGACAAUUUGAAAGCGUUGUUCCGUUCAGUGGCUAUGAUGGUACCAGACUAUGCACUUAUUGCUGAAAUUGAAUUAUAUUCAUAUGGAUUCCAAAAUGCAAAACCUCUCGCUAUUAAAAUUGUUGCCACAUAUCGACUAUGCUCUGAACAAUUAAGCACGCAAUCCCAUUAUGAUUACGGAAUGCGAGCGGUGAAGUCAGUUUUGAAAGCAGCUGGAGCUUUGAAAUUAAGAUACAGAAAUGAGUUAGAAGAUAUAUUGGUAUUGCGUUCUAUUACGGACGUGAAUCUGCCGAAAUUUUUGAAUCAAGAUGUUCCCUUGUUCCAAGGAAUAACUGCUGAUUUGUUCCCAGGGGUUGUACUACCGACUCCCGAUUAUGUGUUGUUUAACGAGGCUGUAGAAUUUACUUGUCGGAAUAAUAAUAAACAAUGUACCAAAUUCUUCCUUGAAAAAGUUCAACAACUAUAUGAAAUGAUAGUCGUACGUCAUGGAUUAAUGAUAGUGGGUUUACCAUUUGGAGGCAAGACCACAGCAUACCGAAUUCUCGCCGAUGCGCUUGGUUACAUAGAAGAGAAGGGUGGCGACGAACAUAAAGCAAUCUAUGCUGUAAUGAACCCCAAAGCCAUAACAAUGGGACAGCUUUACGGUCAAUUUGACCCCGUGUCGCAUGAAUGGAGUGACGGCGUUUUGGCUGUUACUUAUCGCCAAUUCGCCACGUCUACAACACUCGAAAGGAAAUGGCUUAUAUUUGAUGGUCCUGUCGAUGCAAUCUGGAUUGAAAAUAUGAACACUGUUCUGGAUGAUAACAAAAAGCUGUGCCUGAUGUCGGGAGAAAUCAUUCAACUGGCUCCGACUACGAAUUUAAUAUUCGAACCAAUGGAUUUGGAAGUGGCGUCACCUGCUACUGUGUCUCGAUGCGGUAUGAUUUAUAUGGAGCCUUCGUCCCUCGGGUGGGAGCCUCUAGUUACCUCGUGGAAGAAUACAUUACCUGAAGCUUUCCACUCGGUUAACAAACAAUUGAUUUCAAGUCUUUUUCAAAGAUUCUGUCCAUUAUUAUUAUGGCUCAUUCGGAAAGGUGGCCUGAAAGAGAUGAUGCCCACAUCGGAUACUAAUUUAGUUGUGUCCUUAAUGAAUAUCUUCGAUUGUUUCUUGGAUGACUAUUAUGACGAGAAAUAUGUUAAAGGACUAUCUGAUUUGGACGUGAGAGCUCAACUGGAAGGAGUAUUCUUUUUUUCGUGUAUUUGGGGGUUGGGAGGGCCUCUGGACAAUGAAAGUCGAGAAAUAUUUUCAGAAUUGUUCCGAGGACUACUUGAAAAGAAUUUUCCGGAAAGCUUGUAUGAAUUCUACCAUAUUCCGAAUGACUUACAUGUGGCGAAUAUGUCGAAGCCCUUCAUUUUUCCUUUGCCUAAGGGUGGGACGGUAUUUGAUUAUCGUUUCAUUAAAGAAGGAAAAGGAAAGUGGAAACCGUGGGCAGAUGAGGUUGCUUCGGCUCCACCUAUACCGAGAGAUAUGCCAGUAAAUCAAAUCAUUAUAACAACGAAUGAAACAGUACGAAUGAGUGCUCUUCUCGACUUAUUGGUUCGUCAUGGAAAAUCGCUCAUGCUGGUUGGUCCAACGGGGACAGGAAAAAGUUCUUAUGCGAUUGAAUAUCUUCUGAAAAAAGUUGAUACUGAAACUUAUAAGCCACUUUUUAUAAAUUUCUCAGCCCAAACCUCGGCAAAUCAAACACAGGAUAUUAUAAUGUCGAAACUGGAUAAACGAAGGAAAGGGGUGUUUGGUCCGCCGUUGAAGAAGAAAUGUGUAAUCUUUGUAGACGAUAUAUCAAUGCCACUGAAAGAAACUUAUGGCGCUCAACCUCCUAUUGAACUGCUACGGAUGAUGUUAGAUCACUGGAUGUGGUAUGAUCGCAAGGAAGUGGUUCCGCUAAAGUUGGUGGAUGUGCAAAUGAUGUGCGCAAUGGGUCCACCUUCCACUGGAAAUACGGUUACUCAGCGCUUCCAACGGCACUUCAAUACACUCUCGAUUGAUGAAUUUAGCGAUGACAUUUUGAAGACAAUAUUCGGAAAAAUUGUUUUAUGGCAUUUAGAUACACGUGGGUUUUCGAAAGAAUUCGAUCCGUGUAUCGACGAGAUAGUAAACGCAACUCUAGGGAUCUACAACAAGUCGCGAUUGAAUCUUCUGCCUACUCCCGCAAAAUGUCAUUACCUUUUCAAUUUGCGGGACUUCUCACGAGUUAUACAAGGAGUUUUAUUAUCUGUUCCAGAAGCUACAGAGGAUCUUAAUUCCAUGCGCCGACUAUGGACUCACGAGAUACUCCGGGUAUAUGGAGAUCGAUUAGUGGACGAUAAUGAUCGCCAAUGGCUUUUUGAAGCAAUUUGUGAAGAGAUCGAUACCAAUCUGAAUUCAAAUGCAAUUAUGUUACUGGAAAGGUUUAAAGAGCCGGGAAAUCCGUUGACUGAGGGCGAUCUACGUAAAUUAAUUUAUUGUGAUUUCACAAAUCCCAAGGCGGACACCAGGAAUUAUCUAGAAGUUCAAGAUUUAGAAGAAUUGCGAUCCGUGGUUGAAGCUUACUUAGUAGAGUUCAACAAUAUGUCGAAGAAACCUAUGAACCUAGUUCUAUUUCGAUUCGCUAUUGAACAUUUAUCAAGAAUUUGUCGAAUCAUCAAGCAACCGCGAAGUCACGCUCUAUUGGUUGGAGUAGGUGGAUCUGGAAGGCAGAGUUUAACCAGAUUAGCUUCACAUAUCUCGGAUUAUGAAUUGUUUCAAGUCGAGAUCACCAGACAGUAUGGAACCUAUGAAUGGCAUGAGGAUGUUAAGACAAUUUUAAGAAAAGUUAGCUCUUCCGAGUUACAUGGAGUUUUUCUAUUCACAGAUGUUCAGAUCAAAUCCGAAUCUUUUCUCGAGGAUAUAAGCAACCUUCUGAAUUCUGGUGAAGUGCCGAAUAUUUUCACUAACGAAGAAAAAAUCGAACUCUGUGAAAAAAUGCGACAAAUUGAUCGUCAAAGGGACAAAUCGGUCCAAACCGAUGGAAGUCCUGUUGCCUUGUUUAAUUUCUUCGUACAAGUUUGUAAGGAGCAGCUUCACAUUGUUCUUUCCAUGUCUCCAAUUGGAGAUUAUUUCAGAAUGCGCGUUCGGAAGUUCCCCUCAAUAAUUAAUUGUUGUACCAUAGACUGGUUUCAGCCGUGGCCUGAUGAUGCUUUACUGGCUGUUUCAAGCAGGUUUUUAGCUUCCGAGAAACUUACAAAUAAGGAGAGAACGGCUGCUAUCGACAUGUGCAUGGAAUUUCAUACUUCUACACAGGAUCUCUCUGAGAAAUUCUACUUAAGGUUGAGGAGACGAAAUUAUGUGACGCCAACUUCCUAUCUUGAAUUAAUUCAAACUUUCAAAAGUCUGCUAAGCGAAAAGCGAGAACAUGUGAUCCAAGCUAGAGAACGCUAUCUGACAGGAAUUAAGCAGUUGGAAAUUGCAGCACAACAAAUCGGAGUGAUGCAAGAGCAGUUAGAAUCUUUACAACCGAAGCUAAAGGUUGCAGCUGAAACAGUGGCUGAACAGGUUGCAAAGGUACAAGCAGAUAGCGAGGUGGCCGCCACCCAGAGGGAGCAAGUAAAACUUGAUGAAUUAGCGGCAAAGGAACAAGCUGCGAUGGCAGAAGAGAUUAAGAGCGAAUGCGAUGCAAAGUUAGAAGAGGCGAUGCCUGUAUUGAAUGCUGCUUUAGCCGCUCUGAACACAUUGACGCCGCAAGAUAUAACAAUUGUUCGAACAAUGAAAAGUCCGCCAAUGGGUGUGCGCAUCGUGAUGGAAGGAAUUUGCAUUCUGAAGGAUGUUAAACCUCAAAAAGUUCCAGCACCUUCCGGAGUUGGUUUCGUUGAGGAUUAUUGGGGACCAUCUCAGCGUGUACUUGGCGAUAUGAAGUUUUUAGACAGCUUAUUGAAAUAUGAUAAAGACAACAUACCUCCGAGGAUAAUUCAAAAAUUACAGGAACGAGUGUUAAAUAAUGAAAGUUUUGAUCCAGAUCGAGUUAAAACGGCUUCAACGGCUGCCGAAGGGCUUUGCCGUUGGAUUAUUGCAAUUACUAAAUAUGAUGUGGUAGCUAAAGUAGUUGCUCCGAAAAAAGCUGCGCUUGCGGAAGCUGAGGCGCAGUAUAAUACUGCUAUGGCCCUCUUAAAUGAGAAACUAGACCAGUUGGCACGGGUUGAAGCUAAUUUGGCUGAAAUACAGAAGAUUUUGGAGGAACAACAAAAGCAGUUUGAGAGUCUUCAAGCUGAAAAUGAUUUAUGUACGAAGAAACUUCAAAGAGCAGAAGAACUAAUCAGUGGAUUGGGAGGUGAAAAAAGCAGAUGGUCAGAUGCGGCAAAAAGUUUGGGCCGUGUUUACAACACUUUGACUGGUGACGUACUAGUGGCAUCUGGAGUAGUUGCCUACCUUGGUCCAUUCACCACCGAAUUCCGAAUCACACAAAUAGAAAAAUGGGUUGAAAAGUGCAACUCGUAUGGGCUUGUGUGUAAUCCACACUUCCAACUUCAAACUGUUUUAGGUGAUCCCGUCGCAAUACGAGCGUGGAAUAUUUUCGGCCUACCUAGCGAUGCAUUUUCAAUAGAAAGUGCGAUUAUUAUCAAGAACGCCAGACGCUGGCCGCUCAUGAUCGACCCACAAGCCCAGGCAAACAAAUGGAUAAAAAAUAUGGAAAAGGAGAACAGAUUAUGUGUUAUACGGCUUUCACAACCUGACUACACACGCGUAUUGGAAAAUGCUAUCCAGUUUGGUCUCCCUGUGCUAUUGGAAAAUAUCGGUGAAGAGCUGGAUCCUAUUCUUGAGGCUAUUCUUCUGAAGCAGACGUUCAAGCAUGGAGGAACGCUUUGCGUAAAACUUGGCGACUCAAUUAUAGAAUACAAUAAUGCUUUCCGAUUUUAUAUAACAACAAAACUAAGAAAUCCUCAUUACUUGCCGGAAGUUGCAGUGAAAGUAACGCUUCUGAAUUUCAUGAUCACAACACAAGGUCUGCAAGACCAGCUUUUAGCAAUUACUGUUGCACGCGAACGACCAGAUCUGGAAGCUGAGAAAAAUACUUUAAUUGUACAAGGCGCGGAAAAUAAAAGGAUGCUGCAAGAAACCGAGGACAAAAUCCUAGAAGUUCUUUCCUCGGCUGAAAAUAUCUUGGAAGAUGAAUCUGCUGUUCAAAUAUUAAGUUCCUCGAAGAAUAUAGCAAACGAAAUCAAAGAAAAGCAAGCUGUAGCAGAAGUUACUGAAAAGCAAAUCGACAUUGCGAGGUUGGCGUACAAGCCAAUUGCUGAACAUUCCACGGUUCUAUUCUUUACUAUAGCCGAACUUGCAAAUAUUGAGCCAAUGUACCAAUACAGUUUGACCUGGUUUGUGGCACUCUUCACGGCGGCAAUAGACAACACAGAAAAAGUUGACAAUGUUGAAGAAAGAUUGGCUGAUUUAAGGCAGUUCUUCACUUACAGUCUUUACGUUAAUAUUUGUAGGAGCUUAUUUGAAAAGGACAAGCUUCUCUUUUCAUUAAUUCUCACUGUGAAUCUUUUGAAAGCUGAAAAUAAACUGGACAGUGGCGAGUGGAUGUUUUUGUUGACGGGAGGCGUAGGUCUAGAUAACCCUACUCCGAAUCCGGCCAAGUGGCUCCCAACGAAAAACUGGGAUGAAAUAUGUCGGCUUACAGAGUACGCCAGCUUUAAAGGGCUGCGAGAGAAUAUUGCAAAUAAAGAGAGUAUCAGUGGAUGGAAAGAAUAUUUUGAUUCGAGUUCACCUCAGGAAGCAAAUCUACCAAAUCCAUGGGAUAAUAAGCUAACGGACUUCCAAAAAUUGUUAGUAUUGAGGGUUUUCCGAUCAGAUAAGCUAGUUCCAGCGAUUCUUCUGUUUGUUCAAGCAAACCUUGGCUCAAAAUUCGUAGAGCCACCACCAUUCGACUUGCCGUCAUCAUAUGCAGACUCGCACUGCUGCAUACCAUUAAUAUUCAUCCUUACACCAGGAACAGAUCCAACAGCUACACUGCUGAAAUUUGCGGAUGAUCAAGGAUUUGGAGCGAAUCGCUUGUUCUCCUUAUCAUUGGGACAAGGCCAGGGCCCAAUUGCUGAAAAGAUGAUCGAUGAAGGAACCAAAUUUGGCAAUUGGGUGGUUCUGCAAAAUUGUCACUUGGCAAAAAGUUUUAUGCCAACUCUGGAGCGAAUAUGCGAGAAUCUAACUGCUGAUACUACUCACCCGGAUUUCCGUUUAUGGUUAACUUCAUAUCCUUGUGAACAUUUUCCUGUUGUCGUUCUGCAGAAUGGUGUUAAAAUGACUAAUGAACCGCCGAAAGGAUUGCGUUCGAACGUUGUAAGAUCAUACUUGAGUGAUCCAAUUAAUGACCCUGAAUGGUUCGAAUCCUGUAAGCAGUCGCAAACGUUUAAACGAUUGAUCUACGCACUGUGCUUUUUCCAUGCGAUUAUUCAAGAACGACGAUAUUUCGGUCCAAUUGGAUGGAACAUUCCAUACGAAUUUAACGAAACCGAUCUUAGGAUUAGCCUGACUCAGUUGAAAAUGUUUUUGGAUGAGUACGAAGGAGUAAAUUUUGAAGCUUUACGAUAUCUAACAGGAGAAUGUAAUUACGGUGGGCGUGUGACGGACGAUUGGGACAGAAGAACUUUGAAAACUCUUUUGAAUUUCUUUUAUUGCCCCGAAUUAUUGGAUGACGUGAAGCCAUACUACUUCGAUACCGAUGGAUUGUAUUAUGCUCCAGUAGAAAAGGAAUACGAUGCUUAUAUAAACUAUACGAAAAAUUUGCCGACUAUCACACAGCCAGCUAUAUUUGGAUUCAAUCAGAAUGCCGAUAUCAUCAAAGAUCAACAAGAGACGGACACCCUUCUGGCAAGCACUUUGCUGACUCAGAUUUUAGACAGGUCAGUGAAAGUGGAUCUAGCGCUAUUAAUGCGUAGGGACACUGCUGGUGGAGGAGGGGGUGAAACAUCUCCAGAUGAAUUAGUUACAAAUGUCGCCUCUGAUAUCCUGAGUAGAUUGCCCAAGAAUUUCGACAGAGAUGCAGCACUGAAAAAAUAUCCGACGAUUUAUCAUCAAAGUAUGAAUACGGUGCUGGUACAAGAAAUGGUGCGAUUCAAUGUUCUGCUCAACACGAUACGAUCCAGUUUGCAAGUCCUCCAGAAGGCAAUUAAAGGAUUGGUGGUGAUGUCUGCGGACAUAGAGAAAGUGUUCAAAGCAGUGUUGGUUGGACGCAUUCCAGAAAUGUGGGCCGCGAAAUCAUAUCCAAGUCUUAAACCGUUGGGAAGCUAUGUGACCGAUUUUCUGCAACGUUUGGAAUUCCUUCAAAAAUGGUACGACGAAGGUCCUCCUCCCACGUUUUGGUUGUCCGGUUUUUAUUUCACUCAAGCAUUCCUUACGGGUGCACAGCAGAACUACGCAAGGAAAUAUGUUAUUCCAAUUGAUUUAUUGGCUUUCGAACAUGAGGUUUUGCCUGCAACUGAAAUGUCUCAGCCACCUGAAGAUGGAGUUUACGUUUACGGAUUGUUCUUGGAAGGGGCUCGUUGGGAUAGAGAAGAAAUGUGUUUAGCAGAAUCUUACCCCCGAGAACUCUACGACAAAGUGCCAUUGAUUUGGAUGAAACCUAUUAAGAGGGAGGACAUUGUACCGAGGCAUACUUAUGAGUGUCCCGUGUACAAAACAGCUGAACGUCGGGGGGUUUUGUCCACCACAGGUCACAGUACAAAUUUUGUGGUUGCAAUUAUGUUGAACUGUCAUCCAAAGGACAUGGCCUCACAUUGGAUUAUUCGUGGAACGGCUCUUCUAUGUCAAUUGAGCUUUUAGUGUUAUAACAUUCCCUUAUUUUUGUUGUAUUUAUUGUAUUAUUGGUUUCGUUUAAUAUCAAUAAAUUCGGACUAACAAUUGUCAUUUCCGCCGAUUCCAAUGGUUAAUGUCGUUUAAAAGUAAGGCCUUUUUUACAAAAUUGCAAUGGAAACAUCCCAUCCAAAAAAUAGAACAAAGGAAUUUUCAAAGUGGCAUGGAGGGCGUAAUAGCACAAAUCCACUCUUUUAUCGGAGCGGUUCAGGAGUUACUAUACGGCUAGCCAUAAUGGAAAAUACACCUAGUCAACCAUAUUCAACUUAAGGGGUUAUAUCUGAUUAGAAAAUUUGUUUUUUUUCCACGUUUUUCAUUGGCUUAAAAUAUGUUGAAACAUUCCUAGAUUCAUAAUCAAUAACGUUUAUGUAUAAAAACCA